GCCUCCAGACUCUGCAUCAUGAACACUCUGUCUGAAGCAAACGGCACCUUUGCCAUCCACCUUUUAAAGAUCCUUUGUCAAAACAACCCUUCAAAAAAUGUAUGUUACUCUCCCGUGAGCAUCUCCUCUGCUCUAGCUAUGGUCCUCUUGGGGGCGAAGAGAAACACUGCACUCCAGAUAUCUCAGACACUUGGUUUAAACACAGACGAAGACAUUCAUCAGCAUUUCCAGUGGCUUCUCCAUUUCCUGAACAAGCCUAACAAAAAGUACUUACUUAAAAUGGCCAACAGGCUCUUUGCCGAGAAUACUUGUGAAUUCCUCCCAACCUUUAAGGAGUCCUGUCUUCAGUUCUAUCACUCGGAGCUGGAGCAGCUGUCCUUUGACAAAGCUCCAGAGGAGUCCAGGAAGCACAUAAACACGUGGGUCUCCAAACAGACUAAAGGGAAAAUUCUGGAGUUGCUGUCAAGAGGCUCAGUGAAUUCAGAAACCAGGCUGGUUCUUGUCAAUGCCUUAUACUUCAAAGGGAGGUGGUGGCGACAGUUUAACCUAGAUUCCACGAGGGAAAUGCCCUUUAAAAUAAACCAGAGGGAGGAAGGAACAGUGCAGAUGAUGCAUCAGGAAGACACGUUUAACUACGCCUAUGUGGAUGAGGUACAGGCACUGGUGCUGGAGAUGCCCUAUAAGGGCAAGGAGCUAAGCUUGGUGGUUCUGCUCCCGGAUGAUGGUGUGGACCUCAGCAAGGUGAGGCAGGAGAGUCCUUAGCAGUCACUGCUCUGAAUGUCUGUGAGAAGACUGCAACGUCCCCAUUGUCUUUCCUCAUUACAACAGAACUCAAUGCUUUUACUUUUCCAGCUUCCAUUUGAGAGCGUGGACUUUUAAACUCAGCUGUAGCAUGAAUAAUAAAAUCCCAGAGACAGAUAUUGGGGUUCAGUCUAAAGAUCAGAAGAG